AUACUCACUUUCCUCUCUCCUCUUUCCAUUCCCUACCUUCUCUUCUCUUUCUUCUAUCCUGCUCUAGCACUCAUCCAUCUCAAGACCUCAUCUUCAAAUUAAAUUCUCCAUCUCAGGGAUCCGGCGACAAUAAACAUUGAAAGUUGGACUGUGAUUUUUCUCAUCUACUCCAACCAUUGGUGGGCGACGAAGAUUAUGAGAUCUGGGAUCUGUAAUGAUGGAGCCAAACAUGGUGGUGGUGCUAUAAGAGGGGUGGCGGACCAAUGGCGGACGGCGACUAGCGGCGGCGGCACCUAACAGUUGUGAUGCCGACAUAAGCGGCGAUAACGAUGUAGAUUGCGGCAGCAUCUAUUGGCGGCGGACGGGCGGCGGUGAUUGGCGGUGGGUGACUGGUGCAGGUCUCGCCCCUUGGGUGUUGCCGGCGGCAAUUUCUGUAGGCCGGGGUAGGCGGGUGGGCGUGAGGGAAAAAUGUGUUACUGUUACGCUAAUGUAUUUAGAUUAUUAUUCUACUUUAUAUUUUUACUAAAAAACGGAUGGAGUAUUCAUUAAGGGCAUUUUGGUCCCUUACUAUUAAUUUCCGUGUGGUGAACUUCAAGUGAGAUAGGAGUCCUAUUUUGGCAUAUUUUAUAUGUUUUACUCUUAAUCCGGUAAAUCUCUCUUCUAUAUACAAACCACCGUGGGAAUGAUGGGCAAACUCCCGCUCAACACAGUAUUGAGUAUUGACCGUUGGAUCUACGAGGAGUUUUCAUCCUUGUGUUACGUGGGCCAGGGUCUUUGAUGGCUGUCAGUCCAGCAUGCAAAUAUGUCUCUUCUUGAAUGGUGUAAAAGAUGUCAGAGUAGAUUCUUGGCUUUGGUUUUCCAUCAAAAAAAGUGCUCCAUAUCACUGAUGGUACAGGUGCGGGUCGGUCGGUUUCCCAGGUGAUAGCAGCUUUCGUGGUUGCUCCGAAGUGUCGAUGUAUCUCCGAGGCAUCUAUGGCUCCCAGACAGCGGCCGACUUCCAAAGCAGAUCCCCGUGAUGACAGUCCUGUCUUCCAGCUGGCGUCAGAUCUCCUUCACCGGCGGGCGGCCUUACAUUACAUCUUUGCAACUCCCAGAGAGGUGCAACUCUAGGCUGUUGCUUCUACUGCCGUCCGACACAUAGUUGUACUUCCAAAGCAGAUUCUCAAGACGGCAAGACAUCCUCGCGCUUCCGAGUUUCAGGGGGCGAUUUGGCCUGGACGAGGCACAUAGCAUCGGAAGAAAUGGUUUCUCAGAGGUAUAUAUGUGAAGAAGAUGGGGAGAAAUUAAAGACAGGUGCCAGGUCAGUGUUUGUGUUAUGGAUGCCACUGCUUAUGCUUCAUUUACACAGUGGGAUCGGGAAUGUACAGACAUGUUGGAGGGCAUUCGGUGGAAAGCGGGCCAGAGGCUUCUGGUGGAGGGCAUUUGGCUAUGGCAAGCUUGCGCGUUUGAUGGCGAGUGGUCUAGGAUUGUAUUUUGGCAUCGGAGGAACACCAGUUUCGACUUUCGACUACACGAACCAUCCUUAAACUGCAGCAAAGGGUAUUCAAAUGGCAAGAAGCAGUCCUUUCCUCGAUUCCCCGGAGCUACAGGAAUCAUUCCAACAACAUCGGUGAUCAGUAACACCAGCAACACUCAAUUACGUUGAGCGAGUUAACAUGACUUCAAACAUGUUCCAAUGAGAUCCCGUUUCAGUCAGCUUCAGGUCCCCCAAAUUUGGAUUUGGAGUAUUUUUUUUAGGUGUAAGAAAUAUUGUUGAUUGGAAGGUUAUUUGCAUUUAUGAAAUUUAAAAUGCAAUGACCUGGUGGUUUUGGAUGACAACAGCGGAAACAGUGACCUGGAAUGUUUUUACCAGGAAAAACCGACAAUGCAAUAAAAAAACACUGGAAUUCUACCUUCAGACGUCAUUAUGCCGCACUUGAAAUGUAUAUAGGCGAGUUUAGAACCAUGACGGAAGAUGUAAGUGCAUAAAGAUCCAAAGCAUCCUCUGAGCAUAUUGACUAUGCAGAGCCUCUUCCUUUCCAAUCCAUGAAAUUGGUGCAUUGGCCACAUAGUAACUGGUGCAUUAUUUCCCAAUUAUACUGCCAAUAAUGCACCUCUCAUGAAACUUUGGA